CCUGCCGUACGGCUGGAUUUCGGUCUCCAUCUGCGCGAGAAUACUACGGUGAAAGGGGCGCGCGCGCGCGCUCUCCUCUCCUCUCCUCUCUUCUCUUUCUUUCUUCUAAGCAAGGACAACAUAGGAGGGAUAGGAAAACGGUGCAUACGGUGCACUCGUCGAGAUCGGAUCUUGGAAGAAGAUGCUAGGAUAGAGGACGGGGUUGAUUAUCCUGGCUGGAGGGUGUCUCGAGAGACGAAACGUGUGUCUGGGACGCGUUUUCUGAACGCGUACCGCAACCGGUCAGCGCGUGUGCACCCGACCACGAUCGAUCCUCGGGGCGAUACGAUCCAGAAACGCGAUGGACGGAACCACCCUGCUACCACGGCACGGAUAACGACGUCUAACAAUCCAGCAGACACCGUCGGCAUAUAAUUCGCAAUUGUACGUCGAGCAGCAGCGAAGAAAUUGCUGCAGGGUCUUCGCAAGAGAUUCGGGAGGAGCAAAUGAAAUCGUGUCGACGUUGAAUAAGUAUCGUCGAUUCUGGUCUGUGAUCGGGUCACGUUUGACGUGUCGGCAACAUCAACGACAACGACAGCGACGACAGGGGCCCGCGGUUCAGCGACGAGGAUGUGAUCGAGGCUUACUCUACGGCUGCGUUCCCCUGUCUAAGGGAUGUCCUCCUCCGCGGGCACCAGCUGCACCGACGCCGAGGAGGACGCCGAGGAUGUGGAGAACGACGUGGCAGGUAGCGCGCAGUCGUCUAAUUACUUGCCGUCGGGUCUCAACGAUAGCGCGCGCGAUCACCUGGAAGGACUGCGGUUAGAUGGGUCAUCGAUCGCGCGUCCACCAACCGAGGACACUUCCGCGAGCCCAUCGACGUCGUCGUGGUCGGUGCCUCGAUAAAUCCGGAUCACCGUCCUCCCCGUUCCCUUUGUCGAGGCGUCCUUCUUCACCGACGACCCUUGACCCGACGGACUCUGAGCAUAUAGCUGCUCAGCUUCGAACCGAGUCGGCGAAGGAGUUGGGACACGUGGCAAGUUGGAGGACGAGUUACGAAGCUAGCAGCCCAGUCGAAGGAGUUGGUUCGUUCGCGUUCAGGUGACGACAGAGACAUCGUAAGUGUGCCGCGGGUGGAUCCUGAGUUCCGGAAGGGUCCAACGUUUGUCCCGUAGGAGGAAAUCGCGUUACCGUUAGCCAUAGUCAUUCUGUACCAUAAAGAAGCGUAAAGAAGCGUAAAGAAGCGUAAAGAAGCGGACGUUGGUUGGAAACGCCGUUCUAUCCUCGUCAGCGAGAUUAAGGCUCGCAGGACGAGGGCAAGGUGAAAAGCAACAGCCGCGGUGUAAUCUACCUCGUCGAGGAUUACUGGAACGUGUUUGGGACAAUUUGGUGAUCGUAGUGGAAGCAAGAGUACACAGAUAUUCUGUGCGACCCGGUGCGGCGCGGCGUGCUGGUUUGGACCGGUUCCAGGCCGCGUCAAACAGGUGAUUCGGACUCGAUCCACGAUGGUGAACUACCUUCGGACGAUGGGGUUCGGUUAGUGGAGUCGCGUCUGUGUCGCGUGUGCAAAGAGAUAGGAGGAUAGGAGGAUAGGAGAAGAAGCGACGAGAGAGGCCUAGCGUCGACGGCGAAAGGAUAUGCGGCCGGACUGAUUGCAUGAAAUGAGGCGAGAAAGACAGCCAGAGAUCGUCGUAGCCAGAGGCUGGCCGAGGUCCUGAUAGCCGCAGCGACCAGGAUCCGGGAUUAUCCAAAGGAGAAAGGAUGCCAGGGGGGCGCAGGGGCCUGGUCGCCCCGCAAAACACAUUCCUCGAGAACAUCAUACGUCGUAGCAGCAGUCAACCUGACAGCAGUUUUCUCCUGGCGAACGCUCAGAUCGUCGACUUCCCUAUUGUUUAUUGCAACGAAAGCUUUUGCAAAAUCUCUGGCUAUAAUCGUGCCGAGGUUAUGCAAAAGUCCUGCCGCUGCGGAUUCAUGUACGGGGAGUUGACGGACAAAGAGACGAUCGCCAGGAUCGAGGAAUGCCUCGAGGGCCAGAUUCACGAUCAAUUCGAGAUCCUGCUGUACAAGAAGAACAGUGCCCCACGAGGUAUGUCUAGCACAGGUUCGCAAAAGAGUGCUCGAAAGACCCACCACCUGAACAAGAGGCGACACACUUACAAGGAUCGUCGAACGAUCCCGGGACCAAGGGGCGGCCAUAAUGAGAGGACACUAUUCGACCUCCCACCUACUCUUGAUUUCAAAACACCACUAUGGCUGCUUCUGCAAAUAGCGCCAAUAAAAAACGAACGGGACCUGGUGGUCCUGUUCCUGUUGACUUUCCGGGACAUCACUGCCCUGAAGCAGCCAAUCGAUACGGACGACACCAAAGGUGGCCUCUCGAAGUUCGCCAAGUUAGCCAGAUCGGUCACCAGGUCCAGAUCGGUUCUUGUCUCACAGUUCAGCUCCCAUCUGCCUGCCCUGAAGGAUUCCGCGUUACCAACCACCACCAAACAAUCGCAUUUAGCUCAUAUGAUGUCCUUAAGCGGCGACGUUAUGCCGCAGUACAGACAAGAGGCGCCGAAAACUCCGCCGCACAUUUUGUUACAUUACUGCGCGUUCAAGGCAAUCUGGGAUUGGAUCAUUUUGUGUUUGACAUUUUACACGGCCAUCAUGGUACCAUACAACGUCGCCUUCAAAAACAAGACCAGCGAGGAUGUGUCUCUGUUAGUCGUCGACAGUAUCGUCGACGUCAUAUUCUUCAUCGACAUUGUCCUAAAUUUUCACACGACCUUCGUUGGUCCCGGUGGCGAGGUGGUGUCUGACCCAAAGGUGAUCAGAAUGAACUACCUGAAAUCAUGGUUCAUCAUCGACCUUCUAAGUUGCCUUCCAUACGACGUGUUUAACGCGUUCGAUCACGACGAGGACGGUAUAGGUAGCUUGUUCUCCGCUCUGAAGGUGGUGCGUCUGCUUCGUCUGGGUCGGGUAGUUCGGAAACUAGACCGGUAUCUGGAGUAUGGAGCCGCGAUGCUCAUUCUUCUGCUCUGUUUCUACAUGUUGGUUGCUCACUGGCUGGCCUGUGUCUGGUACGUCACUUUAAGGUACUCGAUAGGGAGGUCGGAUGCUGACAACGGGGUCCAGUAUUCCUGGCUGUGGAAGCUGGCCAACGUCACCCAGUCACCGUACAGCUAUCUGUGGACCAAUACCAGCACUGCACCGGAACUGGUCGCAGGACCGUCCAGGAGGACCAUGUACGUCACCGCGCUCUACUUUACGAUGACCUGCAUGACCUCCGUGGGUUUCGGGAACGUUGCCGCGGAAACCGACAACGAGAAAAUCUUCACCAUCUGCAUGAUGAUCAUCGCUGCCCUACUGUACGCCACGAUCUUUGGUCACGUCACCACGAUAAUUCAACAGAUGACCUCCGCCACCGCCAAGUAUCACGACAUGCUGAACAACGUGAGAGAAUUCAUGAAGUUGCACGAGGUGCCGAAAGCGCUAAGCGAACGGGUGAUGGACUACGUUGUGAGCACCUGGGCGAUGACCAAGGGCCUAGACACUGACAAGGUACUCAACUACUGCCCAAAAGACAUGAAAGCGGACAUCUGUGUUCAUCUAAACAGGAAAGUCUUCAACGAACACCCAGCGUUCAGGUUGGCCUCUGACGGUUGCCUGCGCGCACUGGCGAUGCACUUUACAAUGUCGCACAGUGCGCCCGGCGAUUUACUUUAUCACACAGGCGAGUCAAUCGAUUCGUUGUGCUUCAUCGUGACCGGGAGCCUCGAAGUGAUCCAGGACGACGAGGUGGUGGCGAUUCUUGGAAAGGGAGACGUCUUCGGAGACAGCUUCUGGACGAAUCCGUCCGUGGGACAAAGCGCGGCCAAUGUACGGGCUCUGACCUACUGCGACCUUCAUACCAUCAAGAGGGAUCGACUGUUGGAAGUGUUGGAUUUUUACCAAGCUUUCGCAAACUCUUUCGCCAGGAACCUCGUACUAACUUACAACCUAAGCCACCGGCUAAUAUUUCGAAAAGUGGCUGACGUUCGUCGAGAGAAAGAGUUGGCCGAGAGAAGGAAAAAUGAGCCUCAGUUGGAUCAAGCACAGGAUCAUCUAGUGCGAAAAAUUUUCUCGAGGUUCAAGACCGACGGGGAUGCCCAGAUUGGCGCGACUAGGGCCGCGAACGGACGGUCCCAACAGGAUUCCGACGAGGAGCUCACCGUGAACGUCCUGCCGCCCUGGCCCAGUUUUAGAUUCCGCAGGGAGAGACACACUGCUGACGUGGAGAAAGGAGACGGUAAAGAUGGAAAGGACGGGAAAGAGGGAGAAUCGUCGCAUACUAGAAAACUCUCCACAGCGGAGGAGACCACUGCCGUGAAGACGCGACCGGGAAAAUGGGGACGACUGUUAGGGAGCUCGAGCCUAGACUCCGGUAGCGAGGCAGGGACCGGCGUGGACACGUUUAAACGGUCGCUGAGCGCUAGGGAUGCCCGUGCAGGAUCAAGCGCCGGUGGUAACAAGAUAUUCCCAAAGUUCGGCAAACUGAGCGGUACCAUCGAAGAGGCGGGGGACGCAGAGAGCGGGAAGGACGGUGGCCAACAGCAACAGCAGCAACAACAGCAGCAAAGCACAGUCGACUCGAAGCAGCUGCAGCUUCGUCGUUUGGAGAGUUACGACGACGGAUUGAUCACCACGCAGCCGAGCCACGAACGCGAGAUCCUCGCCGCGGUGCUCGAGGUGAAAGUGGACUUGAAGCUGGAGGUGCAACGGGUGAAUCAACGAUUGGCCAAGAUCGAGGAUAUGAUGCAGACGUUGAUGAGCCGGUUGCCAGCGUGCAACGCGCAACAACAGAAGAGUUCGAACAGCUUAGGACCAGGCGGGGGCGGUGGUUCGUCUCAGGCUCAGUCCGGUCAGUCGCAAAGUUCGUCCAGCUGUCAGCAAGGCUCUCAAGGGACGCAGACGAGCGAGCAGAAGGUGUCGUUAGCGACCACCUCGACGUCCACCACGUGUACAGAGAGCUACAGGGAGCAAGGCACCGCGACCGAGCGAAGCUCCAAGUCUCAGGAACACCAUCAUCAUCACCAUCAUCACCAUCAGUCGCAGCAACAAUCGGACAGGCUGAAAGAAACGGAUUACAAGAGCUCGCCCAGAGACGUGAGCAAAGAGUUGCUCGAAAGGCUCGCCCAGGCGUCCACCUCUCGAGGAGACGACUCGACUUCCCUCGGACCGUUGAUUCUGAGGAAACGGCGGAGCAAGUCGCGGAACAAGGGCGCUGCGCCUUUAGCGCCCCUUGCCACCCAGCCUAUUAGCCCGUCCGAAGCGACAGAAACUACGCAGAUGCUCGAGUGCACCGACGAUAGGGAGCAAAGCACCGUCACCACUGACAGGAGCGACAGGUCGGACAGGAAGAGGCCUCCGCCCAGGACCAGGGAGUACUUGUGAAAGUUCUUCCGGCUCCGAACGAACGUCUCAGCGUUUCUGGCCUGAGGAUAUCCACGCGUGAAACAGCGAAGAACGAGAUUUCAGAAUAUUUGAUAUUCGAUGGAACAAGAAUGAAUUUGAUUCUGAUGUUUUUUCAACCAAAAUAAUUGCCUUACCAAGGUCUUAGUUGUUCGCCGAAAGUAUCGAUCUAAGGGAAAGUAUUCUGGAAAGGAUGAAACAACGAAGAAGAGUGUCGUAGAAGAACUCGUUCUCGUCGAAAUGGUGUAUCCUCGAGCAGACUGUUUCACCGAACAUUGUUUUUCAACGAAGUGAUAAAGUCGACAAACGAUUAAAUAAAUAAAUCGUAUUAUUGGUUAA